AUGGAAAGAAACUCUUCUCCCAAUGAAAUAUUUGAUUUAAUCAUCAUGGCAAAAGGUAAAGGAAAGAAUAAGGAGCGCGAGUCGUCGUCUCGUAGUGCCCAUAAUCCAAAACACUCUAAGAACAGUAAUGGCCAUAACUCUCGUAAUGCAAAACACCACCAUGUUUCCUCGGCCGCCAACACCAUUACUUUCCCUACCAAGCUUGCAAUGUGGGAUUUCAACCAUUGUGAUCCAAAACGGUGUAGUGGGAAAAAACUUGAAAGGUUAGGGUUGAUCCGUGACUUGAGAGUGGGACAAAAGUUCCAAGGGGUGGUGGUGACCCCGACGGGGCAGUCGGUGGUGUGUCCUAACGAUCGGGAAAUUGUCGAAGAGUUUGGAGUGGCGGUGGUGGAAUGUUCAUGGGCUCGUUUGGAAGAAAUUCCAUUUUCAAAGAUUGGAGGCAGGAAUGAGCGGUUGCUACCGUAUUUAGUUGCCGCCAAUACUGUGAAUUAUGGACGUCCGUGGAGAUUGAAUUGUGUUGAAGCGAUAGCGGCAUGUCUUGCAAUUGUUGGGCAUGAAGAUUGGGCGUCACAAUUGUUGUCACAUUUCAGUUGGGGUCAAGGGUUUUUGGAAAUUAAUGCAGAAGUAUUAGAGAUUUAUAGAGGUUGUACUGAUUCCGCUAGCGUGAAGCAAGCAGAAGCCGAUUGGUUGGCCAGAAUUGAUCAAGAACAAAAGGAGAGGAAAGAAUGGAAGGAUAAAGGAGAUGUUGAUUUGUUAGAGUUAGGAAGGGGUAAUAGAAUGAUGCCUGUUGAUAGUGAUGAAGAGGAUGAAGAUGAAGAGGAGGACGAAGAGGAAGAGAAUGUAGAAUAUGAUAAUUUGGGUAAUGUUAUAACCAAGAAGCCAUUGCUCCCAGAGGAUGAAGAUGAAGAUGAAGAUGAAGAUGAAGAUGAAGAUGAAGAUGAAGAUGAAGAUGAAGAUGAAGAUGAAGAUGAAGAUGAAGAUGAAGAUGAAGAUGAUAUACAUGGAAAUGUGAUCUCUAAGAAACAAAAUCCAACUUCUCUACAAGAGGCAAUUGAAAAAUUGAGUAUAUCUGCUUGA